AUGGCUACAUUUUUCGAUCUCGUUGCCCGACCAAAUGAAUCUAUUAAAUCCAAAACAACCGGAAAAUUUGUUGAACUAUCAAAUGUACCUGCUGACUUGAAAAUUCCUAACGAUUGGGAUGUUAAGCCAGGUGAUAUACUUUCAUGGAGUAAUUAUAGAGCGACAGAAACUUAUUUUGUUACACAUGAAAAUAUGCUUUUGAAAAAUCCAGAUACAUCUGGUGCUGGUUACUUAACAAUUCCACUUUCGAUUACUUCACUAUUUCCGGAUGCAGUUAAUUAUUUUUUUUCUGCUUUGAAUUUCAUCGGUCGUAACUAUAUUGCAUCGAUUGAAUUAGCACCAACAGAUUUAUUUUUUAUUUCAAAUUUUACAAAAGAACCACUGCCAACAUCAAUCAUAAAUCGAAAUAAUUUAUCAUAUUCGCUUGAUCUCAAUGAAGAAGUACUGUAUGUGACUCGUUUAUCUAAUUCCAAUGAGACACAACAUUUUCCAUUACAAGCAACUAAGAUCAAUGAUAUUAUUCAAUGGAUUUUAUCAUUAGAUGAAACGAAAACAAAGAUUAACGUUAAAUUUAAUUUUGCAGACAAAGAAAUGUGUAAAAAGGUUCCUCGUGGUAUCAUUACUGGAUUGCCUGCUGGAUGGCAAUGUGAGCAAAAAGAUAUGCUAAUGUAUAGUGAAAAUAAAAUUCAAGGAGAGUGGCUUUGUGAAGGACCAGAAAAAACAAGAGACGAGGCACGAAGAGCUAUUGCACACUUUUAUGAAGGAUUAAACAUAGAAAUUAUAUAA